AUGUCUGCCAGCGUUGUGCGGUCUACCGCCCUUCGAGCCGGCGGCGCCUGCGUGCGCUGCCGCAAGGGCAAGACCAAGUGCGUCUACGAGAACGGUCGCGCUCCCUGCAAGAACUGUGCAAAGGGAAUGCACGAAUGCUAUCUGCCCUCCGAAUCCAUGGCUCAUCACCACGGCCAGUCCCCCGCCCGCCACACUGCCGCCCAUCGCCCUGCGCGCGAGAGCCUGCCUGCCUCUGUCCCGGCCGGCGAUGUUCGCGCCGCCAACCCGGCUUCCACCACCUCUCGUCACAUUCAGACUCCAGAGAAACUUACUCCGGAGCUGAUCCAGGAAUGCGAACGCGUCAUUUCCAAGACGUUCCCUGCUUGUGUCGCCUUCCACAAGCCGUCGUUCAUUCAGCAGCUCAAGAACGCCUCUCUUGACCCGGCCCUCAUUUAUGCGCUGCUCACCUGCGCUGCCAGGAGCUCCCCCACACUCAUCAGGCGCUAUGGUGGCCAGUCCGGCGCUACCGGCGCUGCCGAGCACUUCGCUGCCAAGGCUAUGGGCAUCAUCAAUCAGAACCUCGACACUCCCAGCCUUGCUGAGAUCCAGGCCAUCUGCUUGAUCAUCAUUCACGAGUGGGGCUCCCGCAAUGCUGUUCGCGCCUACAUCUACCUGGGCCAGGCUAGCCGCAUGGUCCAGAUGUAUCGUAUCCUCCACAGCCAUCAUGCUGCUGUCAGUGAUGCCGACCGCUUCCUGCAGGACGAGUCCUUCCGCCGCGUUCUCUGGCUGCUGUACAUCCUUGACUGCCUGCUCACCAGCACACCGGGCCGGCAGCCGGCUUUGUCUGUCAACGACACCUCUGAUGUCUCGCUGCCCUGCUCCGACAUGAACUUUGCAUUUGGCAAUGCUGUUUUUGUCCAGACCAUCAAUCUGACUGACCCGUCUCGUAUGCCUGCCGGCACCCGCACAGACGAGGUUGGUGAGUUUGGCCAGAUCGUCAUGGCUACACGCAUCUGGCGCGACGUGGUGCAGAUGCUGAUGACGACAACCACUGAGACCUUCAACGACAACGUCUGCUCCGGACUGAUGGGAGAGAUUGAGCGCCUCCGUGCCUCUCUGUCGAUGCAGUAUGUCGACAAGCCCGGCCAGAUCAACCUUCACAUCACCAUGGGGUCUGGCUUUACCUACGCCAUGCUCCACUGCAUGCUUCACUGCGCCUCCAUCUUCAUCAACCGCCGUCGUCUCUUGCAGUAUGUCACGGCCCCUGGUUUCAACCUCGAGAGCUGGCGCCUCACCCCCCAGUGCCAUGAGAUCAUUGACCGCCUCUUUACCUCGUGCCACAGCACUAUUGCAAUGUUGACGGCGCUCGAGGCCGGUUUCGACAAGGAGGGCAUCAUCUGCUUCCCCAUCUUCAUGCUCUUCUCUUCCUUCACGGCCAGCGCGACCGUCGCCUAUCUUUCUCUCAAGGGUCUCACCCCUCCCAACGCUGUUGAGACUGCCGGUCAUAUCGUGCGCGAUGGCCUUCACUUCAUGCAGGAUGGAGUCGACACCUGGCCGCUCAUCAGCUCGUGGCUCCGUCAUCUCGCUGUGAUGCAUAGAGUGCUGGGCAACGAUGCUGGCGCUUCCAGCCCCAGCGUUGGAGGCACGUCUGUGCCUCCCACCACGGCGCCAGCUGACCAGGCGUCGGUUAAGGACGAGGCCGCCUCUAACCCCGACACCAACCCGGAUGCCAUGGACUACGACCAGGCUUCCAACGCCACCGCCCCUCAGGGCCCUGUCCACAACCACACGGCGUCUGUGAGCGAGAGCGGACGUGACAGUGAGCCGCCUGCCCCUCUGCCUCGUCGUCCCGGUGUCACCACUAUCAACGGUGGCUCCGGUGGCGUCGGCACACCGGCCUCGACGAGCCCUCCCCCUCAGCCACAGGCCGAGGUCAAGCAGUCUACCGAAAUGCUGCCCCAGCCCCCCAUUGGCAACGGCGUUUCUUCAUCUGAGCCGGCGGCUGCCGUGCCCCAGGACAUGACGGCCAGCGAGUUGUGCUCUGCAUUCGAGCGACAGCUGCUCGAGCUGGAUGACCUUGCUGCAUUUAUGGGUGGUGGCGUUUGA